UCUAAUUCCUCCUUUCAAGGUCUCCUUGAACACUGCCCUCUGCUAGUUAUUGGGCUUGUCCUCCACAGCAUCUCCCGGCGAUCCACGUCAGGAUGAAAGUGAAAUGAAAGAGCACUGUAGGAAGCCACCCGACCGGCAGCAGAUCAGCUUGUCACUUAGCAUAGAGCAGGACAGCCCUGCUGGGCGAGCAGCGUGUCACUCGCUGCGCCUGGCUUUGUGGAGGGGCUAUGCUGCUUCCCCACGCUACUCAGUACGUGUCAGCGCUAAUCAAGUGUGUGAUGGUAUUACCCUUUAGCACUUGUAGCCCACCAGGGAUUAUCACCAUGAGCUUCUGCACUGAGGUUUCUGAAGAGUGCAGGAGCAAGUUGCCGGGAUGUCAGAGAGCCGUACAGAGAGCGAGAGCAGAAGGUGUCAAAGUAAAACAGCUGCAUAUCUUCCAAGAAAAGCCCAUGUUUUCUGAAGGAAUUCAAGCGGAGGUGCUUUAUUAAGGGAACCAGUCAGGACAAACAUUAGCAUGGCAAGCACGGCUGUUCAGUUACUUGGCUUCUCUCUAAGCCUGCUCGGUCUAAUUGGGACACUAAUUGCUACUAUUCUGCCACACUGGUGGCGAACGGCGCAUGUAGGCACCAAUAUUAUAACAGCUGUGGCGUAUAUGAAAGGGCUGUGGAUGGAGUGCGUCUGGCACAGCACCGGCAUCUACCAGUGCCAAGUCCACCGCUCCCAGCUCGCGCUGCCUCGUGACCUCCAAGCAGCCCGUGCCAUGAUGGUGAUUUCCUGCGUCCUGUCCGCGCUGGCAUGUGUGAUUGCCGUCGUCGGUAUGAAGUGCACCCACUGCGCCAAGGGGACUUCUGCCAAAGCCUCCAUCGCCGUCUCCGGGGGGAUCGUUUUCAUCCUGGCCGGUCUCAUUUGCCUGGUACCCGUUUCCUGGACCACUAACGACGUAGUUACAGAUUUCUACAACCCCCUGCUUCCCCACGGAAUGAAGUAUGAGAUAGGUCAAGCCCUGUACCUUGGCUUUGUCUCUGCAUCUUUGACGAUCCUCGGAGGCGCUCUGCUGUGCACAUCGGGCCAGUGCAGCGGGAACGAGGCACCCUACGAGCCACAGCCCAGAGGCACGAGGAGGACUGCUCCCUCCUGUAGACCACCAACUGUCUACAAGGGAAACCAUGCUUCUUCCCUGACAUCUGCUUCCCAUAGCGGCUACAGAUUAAAUGACUAUGUGUGAGUUCCCUAAGAUUUGCCUGCGGGACACAGCUGCUUUAUAAUUUCUGUGCAUGGCAUAAAACAAAGCUAGGAUGAUUUUUAAUUUAUAAGGGUUACGAUACAAAGUUUACCAUUGUUCAUUUCUUCCUUCCCUUUCUUUCCAUAGAAAGAAAGAAUGUGAACACAAAACUGCUCCCUUCAGUACAAGGAGAAUAAAUACAAAGGAAACUGGGAUAUUCCGGGGACUGCACAUACCUGCCUACUUUAAAUUAGGGUAUUUGCAUACAGGCAGUCCAAGGGAAGUUUUACUGAAAGUAACUGUUUUGGUUUGUAGUGUCUGCCCUGCGACAAGCACAAAGUGGAACUGGCCACGACUUGUUAUUUGACCUGUGUCCCAACAGAAGAUGCAUUUUUGCCUAAAAUAGAGAACUUCAUGGCAAGACACGGUGAUUUCCUGUUAAGUUUCUUAUCUCCAUAAUGCGUGAAUGUUUCCUUAUGACCAGGUAGUAUUUUGUCUUAACUUUUUGUUUGCUUUGUUUGUUUGUUUUUUGUAGUGCCUAGAAAUACACAUUUUAAUAGUAUUACAACACAUGUGUUUGACAGUAUUUCAUAGCUGAUAUUUUAAAAUUAUACUACAAUGGUUUGACCUUAUCAAAACAAAAUGUUAGAACUUUUUGAAACAGCAUAAUUCGUCAUAAUGGAAACAAAUUAUUCUGUGGAUCAGAAGUGGGUUUUAGAAAUGUCAGUCAUAAAAUAAUAAUAAUAAUAAAAUACUAUCUGAUGCUAAACUUCUGUUAAAAGUGGAGAAAAAAAUAAUUAUCAGAAUUUGUCACAGAAUGGACAUUUACCUCUUUUGCAGUUGUGGCAUUAUGUAUUAUCAAUGAAUGUUUCAGAGCAGUAAAACAAUUUCUAGAGCCCUAUCCCCAAAAUACCAUGUGAUCAAAAUAAUUUCUUAGACUUAAUCUUGAUGCUUUUUCCCUGGGGUCCUGAUUGAAGGGGCAUUAUGGUAAAUAAUCAUAUUUUUAUAUACUUCAGCAGAAUUUUGGGAAAUUUCAUUCUGCCAGACUUUGGCACAAAAAGCAGUCUGUGCUGGAAGAGCUUACACACAUGGAUUGUAACUAUUGCCUCUCAGGAGAAAUGUAAUAUGAAGACACUUACUUCUAAAUUUCUGAGAAAAUGUAAUCAUUACUCAGUGUAUUCGAACAAUUAAAAAAGAAGAGAAAUGCCCUUGUCAUUUUACAUACAACAUGUACUACAAGACCUUAGUAUCAAAUCAGAAAAAAAAAAAAAAAAAAAAAGGAAGCCCUGGA